CACCCAAAAAACAUUGUUACAAAAAUCAUACUUCUAUAUAUUACACCCUAUCACAAUCUUCACCCAUUUCAACCUCCCAAAGUUCCAAUCUUUCUCUCUCCUCCACCUCCACAACCACCAACAAUGGCUGCAGAAAUGGCCCUCUUAAAGCCCAUGUCCAAGUUCAGCCCAAAACUGAGCCCAAGCCCAAGAACCCGGCCCACAAAAUUCACAAGAGUUUCAAUGUCAUCAUCAUCAUCAUCAUCCACCACUUCAAUGCCCACAAAUUCAUCAAAAAAGGGUACCAAGAAGGAAAUUCAAGAGUCACUUUUAACACCAAGGUUUUACACAACAGAUUUUGAUGAAAUGGAGCAACUUUUUAACACUGAGAUUAAUAAGAACCUUAAUGAAGCUGAAUUUGAGGCACUUUUGCAAGAAUUUAAGACUGAUUACAACCAAAAACACUUUGUUAGAAACAGUGAAUUUAAAGAAGCUGCUGAUAAACUUGAUGGACCUUUAAGACAGAUUUUUGUGGAGUUUUUGGAGAGGUCUUGUACUGCUGAGUUUUCUGGCUUUCUUCUUUACAAGGAGCUUGGUAGGAGGCUUAAGAAAACAAAUCCAGUGGUGGCAGAGAUUUUCUCCCUUAUGUCCAGAGAUGAAGCCAGGCAUGCUGGGUUUCUGAACAAAGGGUUGUCAGAUUUCAAUCUGGCUUUGGACUUAGGUUUCCUGACAAAGGCUAGGAAAUACACAUUCUUCAAGCCAAAGUUUAUCUUUUACGCGACAUACCUAUCAGAGAAGAUUGGUUACUGGAGGUACAUUACCAUUUACAGGCACCUCAAAGAAAACCCUGAGUUCCAAUGCUACCCCAUUUUUAAGUACUUUGAGAACUGGUGCCAAGAUGAGAACAGACACGGAGAUUUCUUCUCUGCUCUCAUGAAGGCACAGCCUCAGUUCCUCAAUGACUGGAAGGCCAAACUCUGGUCUCGUUUCUUCUGCCUCUCGGUUUAUGUGACCAUGUAUCUCAACGAUUGCCAAAGGACAGCUUUCUAUGAAGGCAUUGGUCUUAACACCAAAGAGUUCGAUAUGCAUGUCAUCAUUGAGACCAACCGCACAACUGCAAGAAUAUUCCCAGCUGUGUUGGAUGUGGAGAACCCAGAGUUCAAAAGGAAGCUUGAUCGGAUGGUGGCAAUUAACGAGAAGCUGAUCGCUGUAGGGGAGACUGAAGACAUUGGUUUGGUGAAGAACUUGAAGAGGAUCCCGUUGGUAGCUGCAUUAGUUUCAGAGAUCAUUGCUGCAUAUAUGAUGCCACCUAUUGAAUCUGGCUCAGUUGAUUUUGCAGAGUUUGAGCCACAGCUUGUAUAUUAGUUUUCCUGUGUAGUACUGCAUUUUAUUCCUUCUAGUAAUCAAUACUUGAGGAUGACUUGAAUUGUUAUUGCCAGAGAACAGAAAAUCUGUAACAAUAUGUGAACAUAUAAAAUUCCAGAUUUUGACAUUA